CCAAGUCGUAUCGUUAGAUGGCUUAAAAGCGUAUCCAUCUGUAGGUUGAACAGUUUUUCUUUCAUUAAAGAACCUUGUCCGCAGCCACGAAUUCCAGUGACAUUUGAACAGUCGAUAUCAAAGUCCAGGGAAUGUACAGUGACCAGUCUGUAACCUAUUCGCAAUCAAAGAAGUCGUUUUACGUAUUUCGCAAAGCAGUGAUUCGAAUCGUGUGUCGUGGCAAACAUGGCUAAAGCAUUGAAGAACGCCGCUCUCUUAGUAUUUACGGAAAAAUGUAUGGAAGAGUACUUUGAAGAAUUUAAUUUCUUUCAUGCGGAAUGUUUCAAAGCGACGCUCAGUAAAUUCCUAGGCCUUGGAAUUAUCGCUGGUUCUCUCCUCGUAAAAGUUCCACAAAUUGUCAAAAUUCUAAAAAGUAAAAGCGUACAGGGCAUUAAUCUGUUCAGUGUGUUAUUAGAUGUGUUUGCUAUCACUGCAAUGGUAUGUUACAGCAUUGUUAGUGGCUUUCCAUUUAGUUCCUGGGGGGAUGGAGUCUUUUUGGGACUUCAAACGUUAAUGAUUGCGGUUUUAGUGAUGCAUUUUAAUGGCAAUACUGCUCAGGCAACUACAUUUCUCGUUGCUUAUGUAGGUAUAGUAGUUGCCGCUAUAAGUGGUCUGACCCCACUAAGCGUUCUGUGGGCAUGCCAAGCAAUGAAUAUACCCAUUGUUCUCAUUAGUAAGUUCUCUCAAGCCCAUACAAAUUAUAAUAAUGGAAACACUGGCCAGUUAUCAGCUAUAACUGGUUUCAUGCUGUUCUUUGGAUCUUUAGCAAGAAUAUUUACUUCUAUCCAAGAAACAGGAGAUACGACAAUGACAAUAAUGUAUAUAUGCUCUACGACUGCAAAUGCAGUACUAGCAUAUCAAAUUCUAUAUUACUGGAAUGUUACUAUUGAAGACAAAUCAAAGAAAGUUCGAUAAUUUAAUUAUAAAAUUUUUAUCUUAAUGAUAUUAAUAUCAUAGGUAGGAAGACAAAGUAAACUAUAACACUGAGCAAAUAUGAAUAAAAUAAGUAACAUUAUAUUGUUAAGAACAAUAAUAAUAAUAAUAGGUGAAUAAUUUAUUUUCGCAAAGAGGAUACAUAUAUCUGAAUUAUUCUAGUUAAGAAUCAUAGUUUCUAAUAAAGAUUAUAGACUCUUCAAAGCGUCUUUAAGAAAUAUUAAUCUGGUGUAAAUUUAGUAUCACUUUUUAUUAUUU